GGGCCUUUGGGCCGGCGCACGGAGCGCUCAGAGCAGCCCCCGGCCCUGGUGUGGCGGGGCGCAGCCCGGGUCGAUGUCGGGCGCGUGCGGGAUGCAGCCGUGCCACCAGGAAGCGCUGCGCAGGCACCGUGUGGCCUUGGCUAAGCAGCUGGUGCUGCAGGAGCUGCUGGAGCACUUGCUGGCGCGCGCCGUGCUCACGCCGGAGAUGAAGGAGGCCAUCCAGACCAAAGCUGGGAGCUUCAGCCAAAAUGUUGAGUUCCUCAGCCUUCUGCCCAAGAGGGGCCCUCAAGCCUUCUCAGCCUUCUGUGAAGCUCUGAGAGAAACCAGACAGGAGCAUCUGGAGGAGAUGCUCUUAAAUGCCAUACAACACUCAAGCAGCGGGUAUGUAAAGCGGGGCUAUGAUUAUGACUCAAGUCUCCCAUUCCCGGUCUGUGAAUCCUACCGCUCAUCAAAGAGACCACGCUCUAUUGAGCCAUUGGAACAUUCCCUUGAUAAUGGAGAUGGUCCCCCUUGCCCUCAAGUGAGGGCCUGCACUCCAGAAUUUUAUCGGACUCAUCAGCGCUUGGCAUACAAAUUAACAUCAGACCCCCGGGGCCUAGCGCUUGUACUCAGCAAUGUGCAUUUCAAUGGUGAGAAAGACCUGGAGUUCCGUUCAGGUGGUGACGUUGACUGCGCUGCUCUGGAGAAGCUCUUUGAGUGCCUUGGGUAUAAGGUGACUGUCCAUCAUGAUCAAAGCGCACAGGAGAUGCAGGAGACAUUACAGAAAUUUUCUCAAAAGCCAACUCACCAGGAAGUGGAUUCCUGCAUUGUAGCUCUACUCUCGCAUGGUGUGGAGGGUGGGGUCUAUGGAGUCGAUGGCAAAUUACUACAGUUGCAGGAAGUUUUCAGGCUCUUUGACAAUGCGAACUGCCCAAACCUCCAGAAUAAGCCCAAAAUGUUCUUUAUUCAGGCCUGUCGGGGAGAUGAGACUGACCGGGGAGUGGAUCAAAAGGAUGGGAAAGAACGCUCUGAUUCUCCAGGCUAUGAGGAAAGUGAUGCAAACAAGGAGGAGAAUCCCCGGUUGCGUUUGCCCACAUGCUCUGACAUGAUUUGCGGAUAUGCCUGUUUGAAAGGCACAGCUGCCAUGCGGAACACCAAGCGUGGAUCGUGGUAUAUUGAGGCUCUCACCUCUGUAUUUGUUGAGGAUUCCCAUAAUACUCAUGUGGCUGACAUGCUGGUGAAGGUGAAUAGAAUGAUUAAGCACCGAGAAGGCUAUGCCCCAGGCACAGAAUUUCAUCGCUGUAAGGAGAUGUCUGAGUACUGUAGCACACUCUGCCGGGAUCUUUACCUGUUUCCAGGCUAUCUCCCCAGGAACUAAUCUUGCUGUUCUUCAGAGGGUUGUACUGCCAAAGUUGCUUCACAGGGAUGGAUGGCCUCAUGAUGUUAUUGUUAGUCAUGACAUGUACUGUAGGUGCCCAAACAAGAAUUGUCCCUUUAUAGCUUGGUAGUUAGGGUGUUCUGGAACAGGCUAUUCAUGUAAAUUUUGGAAAAGUUGUGUCUGUUUGUUUGUUUGUUUUUUACAAUACUGUGUAUUUUUAUACCUUUUUAAAAAAGAAAAUUGUCCUUUUGCCCAGUUUCCCAUACAGCGGAGUCAGAAGCUAUAAAGGAUAUUGAAGGAUCUCCAACUCCUUUUUAGUGGGAGAAAAGGUCUCCCAGCUUAACGAAAUCACUGUUGUAAAUCCAUGGCGAAGAUUUUGUUUCUAUAGUCACCCAGUUUUAACAUGCAUCUUCUCUGUUAAAAAUGUCUCUCUGAUAAUUUGUGUCAAUUUAUUUGUCUGUAGCCAGAAGGGAAUUAUGCACCAAAACUCAGGUUAUCAGGAAAA